AGAUUGUACUGUGAAUUGAUUGUUCCUAAGUGCGAGUUGCCUGGGAGUAUAAACUAAUUAAAUGGUAAUACGAAAAUAUGUAUAAUACUAUUGGUUUGUACAUGCAUUCGAAGUUUGUUAUCUUAGCAUUUAUUUAUGCGUCAACACAAACUAAACAAUAAUUGCAGUUUACGGCAAAAUAGGAGUGGUGCGAUUUUGCCUGCCUGUACUUGAUGUGGGGUCGUAGUGAAUAUAGCAACAUCAACAGACCCAACAAAUUAAAUUAAAGUUGCUGGAAACUAUUUCCAAAUUUCUGUAGCAAAAUGUAUUAAACGCUCUUAGUUAUGGGGCCGGUGCUUCUUUCAACGACAAACGUGCUAUAAAAUAUACAUACAUAUGUAUGUACGCUCGCUUAUGGUCAAAUACAAAUACAAAUGCUUUUUGAAUGAUAUUCCGAGAAAGUGCUAAUAAAAUCAAAGAAAUUUGAAUGCAAUCUUAUCGAAAUAUUUGGAAUAAAUAUAGUGUAUUGGUUUGUAGUUUGAAACAGCAUAUACUGAUCAUUAAUGCAUAGACUUUCAGUAUUUGCAUUUCAACUUCGAUUAUAUUGACAACCAAUGUUGAUAAUACAAAGUCAGUGAUGCCAUUGCUCUGUUACUUACAUCAGGCAAACAAUAACAUUGCUUUCGACCAUGAAUCGUCGGGCCUGAAUUUAUCGUCCACUAAACAUCGAUGAUACAACAAAGAAAUCGUUAGAUUGUACAAUAACAGAACAUCAACUUAAUAGUAAUAGAUCACAAACAGAAGCAGUUAGAUUGCACAAUUAAAAACAACAGAUUCACUAAUAAUAAAGAUUGGACCAGCGACAAUACCCAGCUAACAAACUCGCAGCUCAACAAUAAUUCCAUUGACGAAAUGGUUGGCACACAACAACAAAGUUCAAUAAGGAGCGGAGCGGACUUGAAGCGAUCCAACCCUACAAUGAACAUGCAGAGCAUAGAUAAAGCAACUUCACCACCUGCGCUGCUCGCAUUAAACCAAACACAAACGGACAGUGACAAAGGAAUAGCCAUGGGAUUGGGUUUGGAAUUGGAAAAUGGUAAUGCAAAUAAUUUGGCUACCAUUCCGUAUUUUGGCAGUAGUUAUGGCACGACUAUAAUGUUUCAUGAUCAUAAACUGAUCGCGAAACCAACGAUAAAAGCAACGCCUGCAAUAGAUGAUAUACCCAGCAAGAAUUUUUCUGCAGAUAUUCAAGAUGGAUGCGCUGGGGCUGAAGGCAGCUUACAUUUGAAAGUAUCAACGGGCUCACCCUUAAUAAAGUUGGAACCAUCAAGCUUACCGCUAAAAGAGACUGGAAUGGAAUGUUCACUAUCGAAGUCAUUGGUCGCCACUAAAAUCGAGCAAUACUCAUUUCAUGAACAAAUAAUUAUGUCUGGUCAACAAAAAAGUGCUUUACAAGAUAAACCAAAAGCUUUGGUUGUAUCUCCACAACAAGUGAUGAUUCUCUACAUGCAUAAAUUAACGCCAUACGAACGCAGCGAAAUUUUGGCCUAUCCGCAAAUAUAUUUCAUAGGCGCCAAUGCAAAGAAACGUCCCGGGAUUUACGGUCCAAAUAAUUCGGAUUAUGAUAAUGAACAGGGCGCCUAUAUUCAUAUACCACACGAUCACGUUGCUUAUCGUUAUGAAAUGCUAAAAAUUAUUGGGAAGGGAAGCUUUGGACAAGUAAUUAAAGCCUACGAUCAUAAGACGCAUGAGCAUGUCGCGCUGAAAAUUGUGCGCAAUGAGAAACGUUUCCAUCGCCAGGCUCAGGAGGAAAUACGAAUCUUACAUCACUUGAGGCGACAUGACAAAUACAAUACAAUGAAUAUUAUCCACAUGUUUGACUAUUUCACUUUUCGCAAUCAUACGUGUAUUACUUUCGAACUAUUAAGCAUAAAUUUAUAUGAAUUGAUUAAAAAGAACGGUUUUAAGGGCUUUAGCUUACAAUUGGUCCGGAAAUUUGCUCAUUCGUUGCUUCAAUGUUUGGAUGCACUCUAUAAAAAUGAAAUAAUCCAUUGUGAUAUGAAACCUGAAAAUGUGUUAUUAAAACAACAAGGUCGAUCCGGCAUAAAGGUUAUUGACUUUGGAUCUUCCUGCUUCGAAAGUCAGCGUGUUUACACAUAUAUUCAGUCGAGAUUUUAUCGUGCUCCUGAGGUUAUAUUGGGAGCCAAAUAUGGACGGGCCAUUGACAUGUGGUCUUUGGGUUGCAUACUGGCGGAACUGUUAUCGGGCCACGCUUUAUUUCCGGGUGAAAAUGAAAGCGAUCAAUUGGCUUGUAUUAUUGAAGUUCUAGGGAUGCCGAGUAAAGCGAUUUUGGCCAACGCUAAACGAACGAAAACGUUCUUUAGCCCAAAAGGAUAUCCACGAUAUUGUACUGUUCGCACAAUGGCCGACGGCAUGGUCGUUCUAAUCGGCGGACAAUCACGCCGUGGCAAACCACGUGGUCCACCCUGUUCGAAGAGCCUUUCUAAAGCGUUAGACGGCUGCAAGGAUCCUUUGUUUCUCAAUUUCAUUCGCGGUUGUCUGGAAUGGGAUACUGAUAAGCGACUGACACCAUCUGAGGCUCUAAAACAUCCGUGGUUACGACGUCGACUACCGAGGCCACCAAGUAGUACAAGUGCCGGUUGCGGAGCAGUAGGAGGCGGAUCAAGCAGCAUUGGUGGCGGUAGCAGCGCAGGAGGUGGCAGCAUUAGUGGCGAGCAAUCGCCAGUCACAGGUAUUAACAUAAUUGGAGUAACUGAGGCGAGUGACAGAGAGCCAAGUAAUUGUAACGAGCGAACGCAUCAUGGUGUAAGCGCCAAAUUAAGCGGAUCAGUAACCUCUCCAACUAGCUUACCAACGGUUUCCGUUUUAACCAACAUUCUAAGUAAAACAACCGUGCAUUCUAAUACAUCUUCGGAAAGUGUUGUUGGUGCUCCUCCAUUAAUUGCAUUACAGAAUAAUGCAGCAGACUUUGCAGCAAGCAAGCGAGCUUUUAAUAAUCUUACUGACACCGACAACGGCUCAAUGACAUCCAGAUACCAUUCAUCCUUAUCAUCACACGUGCCCUAUACAGCUAAUGAAUGUGAACGCCUGUCGCACAUUUCUUCAAUAAACUCCGUAUUAAAUGGGGGCGGAGUCACAAAAUCUCUAAGUCAUUUGCCGGAAUCAAUGGCAGGUUCAUUUGCCGUUUAUAGUACCUCAUCUACUACGACACCAAUUCGAAGCGCUGCCACUGAGUUAUGUAUUGCUAAUAAUCUGUCUGAUACACAGGCUUUGUUACACAUGGAUAUGAAUUCCUAUAAAGUCUAUACUGCUGUUGAUAAGCCGGUGCAUAAACCGAACUCAAUACAACAAUUGAACGCUCAGGCUCAGGCACAAAAUUUAACAUCGCCGCAGAAUAUAUAGCAAAAUAUAUGCAAAUUUAUUGUAAUGUAUCUGAAGGUUUAAUCAACGAAAGGUGGUAAUUGUUGUUAUUGUAUACGACGAUAGACACUCCAUUAACAACACAAGCUGCCAUAUAAGAUUCCUAGAUAUGUUAAAAGUCAAGAGAGUUAUGCAAUUUAUAUAUAACUUUCAUUUACUGCAAGUCUAUCAUUGUGUAUGAUUUAAUAGAUGCCGCAAUAGUUUCGAAAAAUAAAAUAAACAAAAACAAAUUAGAUAAAAUGGAGUAAUAAAAAUCAGGACUCGAAUUUUUUUGGAUUUUCUUGUGUGCAAAUGAAAGAUUUUUAUUAUGUAAAAUUAGUUUAACUUUUUUUAAUUAAAUAUUCUACAAGAUUUUCUUUAUAUUUAUUUUAGCAUAUUUGAUGAAGCUAUUCUAAAGAG